AUGACGCCGCUCCUCGUCCUUGGCCGCGCCAGGCUCUCCUUCCUACUGCGCCAGCCCUUCGGCUGCAUCAGUUCUUUCUUCUCCGUGCAGGAUCUGUGCGUCUGCGCCAUUGUUGCUGUUGCUGGCGACUGUCCUUGGCAGCAGUGCACGAUGGGCGAUGGCCUCAUCUGCUUGCCUGCGAUGCUCUGCGGUCGCCUCGGCCCUGCCACAGCGGCCUCGUCCACCUGGAGACCCGAGUCGGUGGCUCCACAGCCCGCUCUGAGGAAUGCUGUUGCAUCUCAACUCGUGGCGUGCCUCUCUCUUCUCUCCGGCCUCGUGCUGCAGAUGUGGCUGAGCUCUGCGCUCAGGCAGCACCCCAGUGCCGCCUCGUGGGCGGCGUGGCGGGCGGCCAGCUGUCACUGCUGCCUUCCCUCUCGAGUGAGCCUCGCCUCGCUCCUCUUCUACUCGAGCCUCGUCUCGUGUGCCUCCUCGUGGGCGGCGUGGUGGGCGGCCAGCUGUCACUGCUGCCUUCCCUCACGAGUGAGCCUCGCCUCGCUCCUCUUCUACUCGAGCCUCGUCUCGUGUGCCGCCUCGUGGGCGGCGUGGUGGGCGGCCAGCUGUCACUGCUGCCUUCCCUCUCGAGUGAGCCUCGCCUCGCUCCUCUUCUACUCGAGCCUCGUCUCGUGUGCCUCCUCGUGGGCGACAUGGCGAGCGAGCCUCGCCUCCCUCCUCUUCUACUCGAGCCUCGUCUCGUGUGCCUCCUCGUGGGCGGCGUGGUGGGCGGCCAGCUGUCACUGCUGCCUUCCCUCUCGAGUGAGCCUCGCCUCGCUCCUCUUCUACUCGAGCCUCGUCUCGUGUGCCUCCUCGUGGGCGGCGUGGUGGGCGGCCAGCUGUCACAGCUGCCUUCCCUCUCGAGUGAGCCUCGCCUCGCUCCUCUUCUACUCGAGCCUCGUCUCGUGUGCCUCCUCGUGGGCGGCGCGGUGGGCGGCCAGCUGUCACUGCUGCCUUCCCUCUCGAGUGAGCCUCGCCUCGCUCCUCUUCUACUCGAGUCUCGUCUCGUGUGCCUCCUCGUGA